AUGGCAGAAGGUGUAGUGAUGGACGCGGUGGUUCAGGUUCUUGUCAGAGAUGUGGCUGAUGCUGUCUAUGUUCAUGGCCAGUGUGUUUUUGGAUUUCAAACUCAGUUUGAGGCUAUGAGAAAUGAACUUACUCUCAUGCGGGCAUUCCUCACUGACACGGAGAAGAUCAAACGGAAGUAUGAAAUUCUUAAGCCAAUAUUGGUUGAUCUGAGAAAAUUAGUAUAUGAAGCUGAUGACUUGAUGAUGGAUUGCAUAAUUCGAACGAAGUACUGGAAGAGCAAAGGGACCUUCUCUUGCUACCAUCUAUCUCCUCGUGAACUGUUCUUCCUAUAUGAAGCUGAUGACUUGGUGAUGGAUUGCACAAUUCGAACGAAGUACUGGAAGAGCAAAGGGACCUUCUCUUGCUACCAUCUAUCUCCUCGUGAACUGUUCUUCCGCUAUCAAACAGGAAAGAAGUUGACCUACAUUAACAAGCGAAUUGUGCAAAUGAAAGGGACUUUGAGAUCCUAUCUUCCAGCAGUUGAUCGCAGCAGUGAAGGGAGUAGCAGCAAAAGACGGUUUAAUUUACCGGUUUUCAACCAAUCUGAUGUAGUUGGGUUAACAGAAGAUGUUAGAACUAUCAAAGGGUGGAUUCUCCCUCACAAGGAGGAAUUACAUCGCAUUGGUACUGUGGGGAUGGGGGGCUUGGGCAAAACUACAAUUGCCCAAACGAUCUUCAAGGAUAAACAGGUAAUUGCUAGCUUUGAGGAGAGGAUUUGGGUGACUGUAUCUCAAAAUGUUGACGAGGAUGAAAUCGUGAGAAGUAUCUUGGAUGAUUUGAAGGUAAAUGAUAGAUCCGGUAACUUGCUGCACAAAAUGUCUGAAGUGCUUACCAGGAAAGCUUACCUAAUUGUCAUGGAUGAUGUAUGGAAAAUUGCUGCCUGGUGGGAAAAUAUCUCCAGUGGACUUCCAAAGACAAAGGAGCACAGCAGUUGCAUCAUAAUUACAUCAAGAAAUGAGUAUGUCUUGAAAAGAAUGGGAGUUGUGGAAGAAAGAGUUCAUCGACCCAAGCUUCUAAGUGAAGAAGAGGGUUGGUCAUUAUUCUGUAAAGUUGCUUUCUUGUCUAGCAAAGCGAAUUCUGAGUUAGAAGAAACAGGGAAGAACAUUGUGAAAAAGUGUGGCGGCCUUCCGCUAGCUAUCAAGACAAUUGGAGGUUUGCUAUCAUCAAAAAGUCAGAUUUUAAAUGAGUGGAACCGGAUUUAUGAAAAUUUUCAUGCAAAACUAGAAGAAGAAAGCAAUAGUUCAGAAGCAGAAAGCGACAGAACAACUGUUAUGGCUUCUUUGAAGCUAAGCUACGAUGAGCUUCCUACUGAUCUACAGCAUUGUAUCCUUUGCUUGUCAAUAUAUGCGGAAGACUAUGAAAUAAGUGCUGAGCAAUUUGUUCGCUGGUGGGUGGGGGAAGGUUUUGUCCGAGACAAAGGCACGGAAACUGCAAGAGAUGUAGCUUAUUGUUACCUGUCCGAAUUGAUCAGCAGAUGCUUGAUUGAAGUUGUUCAACGAAGGAAUUAUGAUGGAAGAGUCUAUAAUUGCAAAAUCCAUGAUAUGGUUCGGGAUUUGAUAAUUAAAAUUGCCAGGGAAGAGGAUUUCAGCAGCUUUGACAAAGGAAAUAGGCAGAGCUGUGGGUUGGCCAAAGUCAAGUCUCUCCGGGUUUUGGACUUCUCACACAUUAAGCUGGAAAAAAUUUGUUUAGGGGAUCUAUGGCGUUGGAUCACUUCCCAGAAACGCCUAGCUUACUUAAACCUUCGCAAUGCAGCAAAAUUGGUUGAACUGCCAGACUCAAUUGGAAAGCUAUGGGGCCUACAGAUUUUGAUCCUUGGUGAAUGCAAGAACCUAGAAAAGGUAUCUGUAUUAAUAGCAAAUCUUUCAGAACUAACGGUUUUGGAUGUUGGGAAUUGUCCAUUGCUCCAGUGCCUGCCCCAGGGACUUUCUAGACUUUCCAAUCUUCAAGAGCUGUAUGGAUUCAAAAUAGCCAGUUCAACAGACACAAAUGGCUGUCACCUUGGUGAGCUUAAGGAUCUACCCAACCUUCGGGUGUUGCAGGUAGACAUAAAGGAAGAAAGCAUAAUUACGGAUGAGGAAGUGACAGUGUUAGCGCAACUCAAACAACUAAGGGUGUUGUCAAUCAAUGCUGGGGACUCUGAGGACAAGGAGAUCCUGAGAAAGGUUGAUAUGCUUUGUCUUCCUACCUGCCUUGAAGAGCUGUAUUUGGGGUGUUACUCUGGAGAAAGUACACCACAAUGGAUGAACCCCACUUCACUCCCUCAACUUCAAUAUCUGUGUAUUGAAGACUCCAGGGUACUCGGCCACAUAAACAGUGAUUUCUGGGGCAAGGAAGGCAAGACUUGGAAAAUAGUAGGGUUGUGCUUGAAGUUUUUGCCAAAACUGCAGGUGGAGUGGUCAAUGGUGCGGAGGGGGAUGCCUUCACUGAGGUUCGUGGAGGUCAGUCACUGUAACUCGUUGAAGUCAUUCCCUUUCAAUGUCGAGGGUCUAGGAAUUUGGAGGAGAGUGGAGAAAGAUAAAGUGGAAGAGGAAAAGGAAGAGAUCAAAGAGGAAGAGAAAAAGGAAGAGACCAAGGAGGAAGAUAAAAAGGAAGAGAUCAAGGAGGAAGAGAAAAAGGAAGAGAUCAAAGAUGAAGAAAUCAAAGUGGAAGACAAGUGCUGA